CUUGCGUUAGCGUUUAGCAUAUGUCGUAUAUGCAUCUACAUAUAAAUCAGCUGUCAUCGUAAGGAAGUGUUUGUUAUUGUUGUGAAAUAUUGCCUAAAACAAAUGUCGAGGAUUAUUCGAUUCCCAAUCCAAUUCUAAUUGUAGUCGAGAAUACAGAAAAGAUUCAUUAUUUUAUAGAAUGGAGGAUAAUUGUGAAGGAUGCAUGGAAUUGUUCUCACAGGAUGGGGUACUUCUCAAGCAGGCCCACAGCUAUUACAUACAAUACUUCAAUGAAUCAGGUACACUGUACAUAACCGAGUAUGCAAACACCAAGGACAGAUUUAUUGAGUGGAAACCAAAUUCUGUCACCGUCCACUCAGAUAGUCAUGACUCAGAAUGGUCAUUUGUGAAUGCCAUCUACAGAGGUGAACAAAUGAGUCCACAACCUCCAGAUUCAAAACCCAAAUACAUAAAAUUGGAUAUGAAUCAAGUGAGGAGUUUUAAAGUAUCCAAAAAGAAUGAUACCAUGACGUUCUUCGAUGGCAAGGGUGAAAUCCUCUGUCAUUUCUUCUUCCAACAUGGGAAUUGCUUCAGCCUUUUUGCUGCACUCAAAGGGCUGCUGAAAACGACGGUCUCGAAACGCGACAAGAAUAUUCACAUUAUCGUCGACGAGACGCUGCAGCUGAACAAAUCCUUCGCCACAUUGGACCUGUUCCAGGACUCGCAGUCGGCCAGUAUCGUGUGGGGUUUCGUUAGGAGCUUCCAGGAGAAACCGGUGGAGACGGCGUUUGGAGCCUUUGCGAAGAUUGGAAAUACCAUUGGAAAUAAUUUUAUGCCCUCAUCUUCGCCGCAGCCCAUCGAGGAAGAAGUGAUUACGAAUGAUGUCAAAGAGUAUGAAAGAGGAGUUGAGUCAAGCGACGGAGCAAGUCCGAAAGACUACGAGAUCAUUCAUUCGUCACCAGAAUUACCUUCGCGGUUGCAGUACCCGCGAGGAAACCCACUGUCGUAUGAUCAGUGGACCGCAUUGCAGGAUUCAGAAGGUAGAAUUGAGGAUGUUGAGUAUACAAAACUCCAUAUAUUUCGUGGGGGAAUCGCUCCAUCGCUGCGAAAGGUAGUGUGGAAAUACAUGCUCGAUUUCUAUCCAUGGAACAGCUCGAACGCCGAUCGGAAGACGAUCCUGGGGAAAAAGGAACAGGACUACUACGAUAUGAAGUUGCAGUGGAAGACACUGAAGCCAUGGCAGUUACAGAACUUUGUGCAAUUACGAGAUCGCCUGAGUCUGGUGGAGAAGGACGUGACACGGACGGACAGGACCCUUCCAUUCUACGCCGGAGAUAAUAACAAGAAUCUGCAAGCAAUGAGCGACAUCCUGAUGACCUACGUCAUGCACAACUUCGAUCUGGGCUAUGUACAAGGAAUGAGCGAUCUGCUGUCGCCCAUCCUCUAUCUUCUCCAGAACGAGGUCGAUGCGUUCUGGUGUUUUGCCGGAUUCAUGGAGCGAGUCUGCACGAACUUCGACGCGGAUCAGGCUGGAAUGAAGACGCAACUCUCCAACUUGUACAUCCUGCUGAAGUUCUCCAAUCCGACUUUGGCAUCUUACCUGGACAACCAGGAAUCCGGAAACAUGUUCUUCUGCUUCCGGUGGUUGCUCGUGCUCUUCAAGCGCGAAUUCGAACUGCAUGACGUGUUCAGGCUAUGGGAAGUGGUGUGGACCAAUCAUCCGUGCAACAAUUUCCAUCUGCUGAUUUCCAUUGCCAUCUUGGAGAAGCAGCAGUCCGAGUUCAUCGGUGAAGAAAUGGGAUUUAACGAAAUUCUAAAGCACGUCAAUGAUUUAUCCGGCAAGUUGGAUGUGAACGAUAUAUUGGAUAAUGCCGAGGGAUUGUAUUAUCAAAUCCGGGAGUCUUCACAACUGACCAACGAGGUGAGACAAAUCCUGGGACUGCCGCUGAUCGCUGAAAGUUCGCCCAAAGAUGAUUCAACUGAUAGCAUCGAAAAUGAAUUGAUGGCCAACGUGGACAAGGCAUACGAAAACGGCCUGCACACUUCAUAUUUCUAGUUCUAUGACCUCCAUCCAUCCUACACAUAUAUAAACACGAUCUAAAUUUUAGAUUUUAUCAACUCCACUCAUUUAAUUUUCCUACAAACUAAAAUAACAGCGAAGCUUUCUUUUUGCCUGUUUUUUUUUUAAGGAUUUCAGAUAUUCCUCCAUACAUAUUUUAUUCUCCCAAUUACUAAAACACGUAUUUUACAGUUUGUUCGUAAGCUUAACCCGCUUGGAUGAUGACAGGAAUGUAGACAUUUUUACACUUUUAAUUUCGUUUACUCAUAUUAAGAAGAAAAAAACCAAUUAUACUUGUUCAAUUAAGACGUUUUAAUAAUAAUAAAUAUAUCUAUUUUAUGUACAAAA